GCCCCGUUCACCUGACUCACCUCUACACUGAGAAAUUAUCUUCUACCUUUCUAAACCAGCAAUUUUCUCUCUCCUCUCGGGGUUUAGGUCUUCCAUAGUAGCACGACGCAAAAGCAGCUUCACAAAGCUUCCUUGUUCUAGAUUUCACUCUUCAGGUCAUCCAUCCAUCUUCAAUCAUGUCGUGGUGCACAAUCGAGUCUGAUCCUGGUGUUUUUACGGAGCUUAUACAGCAAAUGCAAGUGAAGGGACUUCAGGUUGAAGAACUGUAUUCCUUAGAUCAGGAGACCCUGGACAGUCUACGGCCUGUAUAUGGCUUGAUAUUCCUGUUUAAAUGGCGUCCCGGGGAGAAAGAUGAUCGUCUUGUAAUCAAAGAGCCAAAUCCCAACUUGUUCUUUGCUAGCCAGGUUAUUAACAAUGCAUGUGCCACACAAGCAAUUUUGUCAAUUCUUCUAAAUUCUCCGGAUAUUGAUGUUGGCCCCGAGCUGUCAAAUCUGAAAGAGUUCACCAAGAAUUUCCCACCCGAACUUAAAGGUCUAGCUAUCAACAACAGUGAAGCCAUUCGCACAGCACAUAAUAGUUUUGUUAGACCCGAACCCUUUGUCCCCGAAGAGCAGAAAACUGCAACCAAAGACGAUGAUGUCUACCAUUUCAUAAGCUAUUUACCCUUCGAAGGAGUCUUGUACGAGCUAGAUGGGCUGAAGGAGGGGCCCGUUAGCCUUGGCCCUUGUCCCGGGGGACAAAAUGACUCGGACUGGCUGCAAAUGGUCCAACCUGUUAUCCAAGAACGCAUCGAGAGGUACUCGAAGAACGAGAUAAGGUUUAAUCUCCUGGCCGUUAUAAAAAACAGGAAAGAGCUGUAUACCGUGGAGUUGAAGGAGUGUCAGAGAAGGAGAGAGCGCCUUUUACAGCAAAUCACUGCUGCGGAGUCAGGGCCCGGAUUACCAGACAACAAGAAAGUUGAAGAACUUCAGAGGCAACUUGCUGAAGUAAAUGUGGGUAUUGAAGCUGCUACGGAGAAGAUUGUAAUGGAGGAGGAGAAGUUCAAGAAUUGGAGAACAGAAAACGUACGCAGGAAACACAAUUAUAUUCCGUUUUUGUUCAAUUUCCUGAAGAUACUUGCAGAGAAGAAGCAGUUGAAGCCUCUGAUAGAGAAGGCACAGCAGAAGAAAGUAAGCAACCCCAGUAGUUGAUGUGCUUCCGAUUCUGCGAAAUCUGGGGGAAGGUCUGGGUUGUCUUGUUUUAUUUGUGAAUUAAGAGAAUGAUCCAUAACUAUUCCUCCUGUACUCCCAAGGAUAGAUGCUUAAUGUUUCUGUUUAAUUAGUGAACUGUUUCAGGCUUUGCCAAUUGUUGUCAGAGUUCAGCGAACUUCAUCUUUUAAGUUGAAGUCUCUGAUAUGCCUUUUUAAGGUCUUUUAAUCUUUUAUAGAUGAAGUCUGAUCUAAAGAGCAUUCUAAUC